ACAUUUAAGCAUCUUCUUUGUUGGGACGUCCGACUGUGACAUUGACCAUGGAGUUUCUGGACGAGGACGCCAGACCCAGAUUUGUCCUCCACUCCAAACCCUUACCUCAAUCCCAUGGCGCCGCCGCCGACGAUUCAAAUCCUCUAAAACCCUCUCUACACCGACCUACUCUCUUCAUCUCCCUCUCUCUCUCCAUCCCUCUUUUUGUUCUCUCCCUACUUUACUUCACCUCUGAGCCUCUGAGAUCCAUCUUUUUAUGGCUUUCAAUUUCCCUCCUCAUUGGCCCCUUUGCGCCGCUGUCAAUCACCGCCGGCGAUAUCCGCGUCGGGGUCGGCCCUCCUGUCCAAUUCAACGAUCCCGUUGAUUCUGAGCCUGAAAAUAAGAAAUCCGGUAAGAGAUCGGGGAAACCCGUUAGGAAGUCCGUUGAAUCCGGAUCUGGCUCUAUUAUUCCCGCCCAUGCUCCAGAACUCGCAAAGAUCAACGGAUCGACCGAGAAAAGUGAGGGGAAAUUGAAAUUGGGGAAUGGAGUGGUGGAGGAGAAGGAUUGGAGCGAAGGAGAUGUGGAGGUGUUGAGGAAAUUGCUGGGGAAGCAUCCUGUGGGCAAGCCGGGGAGAUGGGAGGCGAUCGCGGAGGGGUUUAAGGGGCGGCAUAGAGUGGAGAGUGUGAUCAAGAAGGCGAAAGAAUUGGGAGAGAAGAGAACGAGCAAUGAGGAUUCGUAUCAGAAAUUUCUCAAGGACCGAAAGCAGGUAGAUAAGCGAAUUGAGCUCGAAAACUCAAUGGAGGCUUCUUCGGAAUCAGCAAGAGAGAAUGAGAGUAUGUGGAGUAGCACGGAGGAUUUAGCUCUUCUUAAUGCAUUGAAAGCAUUUCCUAAGGAUGUGGCAAUGAGGUGGGAGAAGAUUGCUGCAGCUGUGCCAGGGAAAACCAAGGCUGCUUGCAUGAAGAGAGUAACUGACUUGAAGAGGGAUUUUAGGAGUUCCAAGGCUGCCAUUGCUGAGGCUUAAGACAAGGAUCAAAUGUUUUCUUGAGGUCCAUUUUCAGGAAUUGAAAAUACAGGAAUUUUAUUAUGAUAUACAAAGAUAAUUUACUCAUAUUGUGAUUUCUUGAGGAGCUUAGAGACUUAGUUUAUUAUGAGAUAUGACAUUUUACAGAAUUUAUUCCUAGCUUAGAAGUUAUUUUAACUUAAUGAAUAAUAAUUUGAUUUUAUAGUGUAUGAGAUUUUGUUUUCUUUACCUGCAGGAUUUCAAAGUUUUCUC